AUGUCGGAUCUAGGACGUCGUUUAAGCUUCGGAGGAUCGAGUGCUAACCGUAACGAGAACACAGCACCCGGGAUAAAUAGUCCAUCAGAUGUAUCAUCGUCUACGCAGGAGACACGAUUGGAGAGACGGUCCUUUGCGACGAGGCGGGUGGCAGAACCGAGAGAACACUUGCACUCGUUCGAGGGCCAUCCAGGUGAGCGCUCGGCUCUUCUUCCAUCGCUGCUCUCCCGUCCACCGACCUCGCCCAUUUAUGAUGGAACGGAUCAGCCCUACAUAGGAGACGCAAAACAAGCAACCGUACAAGCCAAGGCCCGGGCGAUAGUAAGCAGCAGACAGGCCUCGCUGUCGCCGAGAUCGCCCAUCGCUGCGGAGGCCAUCGGUGCCCAUCGAGCCAGCCGGCCCCGUGCACUCUUUAGGGCGUCCAGCUUUCUCAAUCUGCGAAGCAACAGCAGCUUUGGCUCCAGCACAAGCGGUACUUGUGCAUCACAGGCAAGGAAACGAGAGGAUGGAGAUGAUCAAUCGUGGACGCCGAAUCCACAGAGUCCCCGUGAAACAGCACCGUCGGGGAAGCCAUGGUUUGAGUUUGGUGUCCUUGGCAGACGCGUCAGCUCAAGAGCAGCCAGCAACAAGAGUGACGGUCAUGAACCCGACCGAGAUCGGGUCACCGAGGCUGGCGGCCAACACAACACAUCGGCAGCAGAGUCCAGUCCAAAAGCGCCUCCAAGAGCAGCCCACGCAGCCAAGCAGCAUGACUGGAAACAAUGGGAUCGUGAGGCCGAUGCCAAGCUCUCUCGUCUCGUAAACGAGUCCGAUCUCACCUGGCAUCGGCCCUCGUUUAAGCAGAUUAUUGAGUCUCUGCAUCUGGCCUCCAUGUCGAACGAGACUGUGCCCACAAUCCCAAAGAUGGAUUGGCAAUCAGCUCAGGCACUGUCAUCCAAACGACGGCCAGAUUUGCCUCCUCUUCCUUCCCCGAAAAUGGUCAACCUGGACCACCCAAUCCCGGGACGCUACCGGAGCCACAUUACACAGGCCAUUGAAGGCUUUCAAGAUAUGCAAUACACCCUAGACAUGACCAAAACUCGACUGGAUGAAGCCCGCGAGGCUCAGGAGCGGGAUCUGGACCUGUUCGCAGAUCUCAGCAAGGAGUGGGCCGCUCGUGAAGAGCAUUUUACAGCUGAGAUACGACGCCUACGAUACUCCCUCGCAGUGGCAGGUGUGGCGGAACAAGCACGAGGCGCGGACGGAAGACGCGAUACAUCGCAUGGGGCCGAGCAAAGUACGCUCGAUGUCCCGGCUCCGGAUGACUCGAUAUCAGCCUCUUUUCAUGACCGUGUCAAAGAAUCAAUUGCGGUCUCGUCAUCCAGAGCAAAACCCUUGACUUUGUCUCCGUCUCCAGUGGAAAAGAUUGAUGUAUUUGGCAAGGGUCGGUCACUUCCAGCGCUCAUCGACAAUGACCACGAUAAACUCAUAAGUGACGAGGUUUUACGUGCCGUGGCGAAAGAAAGGCUCAAUCAUUGCAGCCGACAGUCUCGCCGGCAUAGGCCAGGCGCAGGAGGCAUGCUGGCUGCGCAGAAUGAUCUACCGGGAUUCAACCAAAAAGCAAUCGACACGAUCACAAAAAAAUCCCAUCGGAACGAGUCAGGUCGGAGAACUGCGGAUGUUCGCAGCCACGAGACAAGCAAGAAGAAGAAAAGGAUGGCUACGAAGCCGAACAGAACAGGAGAUGGCGCUGUGCCCAUCGAAAGAGCAACCUCCGUAAGCGAUCAAAGGCAAAGGGUCGAAGCAUAUACUGUGGCAGCCUCCAAUGCGCUCCCAGUGUCGAGCGGCUCGUCGUCCUCGACCUCAAGCUCGGACGAGGACCUGGUCAUGUAUGAGUACAACAAGGCUCGGUCUUCAUCACACAGUGCGAACGGUGAGGAUGAAGCUCAAAACGGAGGCAACGAAGGACCAGCAUUUCUGGACCAAUCCGAGCAGGCAGGAUCAAGAGGACAGGCAGGGCACGCAGAACCACCAGAGCACGCCGCUGCUGGACAGGGCCUUCAGCAGCACAUUACGAACGCCCAGGGAAUUGAACUCACGACACAACUGGUAGCAGGAGACUCUACCAGCUUCACUGAGACUAUUGUUGCAACCGACAAUAGCGCGUUUGAUUCUGGCGGUAAAUUUGUGCAACAGCCUGUUGAGCGAGCGAGUUCUUUCUAG